AUGGCUGAACCAAGGCUCGGGCUCUCUGAGGCCAUCUCGGAGGAGCGCACCGAGCCGUUUUCACAGUCCGAGAUUGACGCUCGCUUCAAGGGUGUCCGCGUUGAGGAGCCGGUCCCUACGUCCAUAUCUUCAGCUGUUUCAUUAGACGAGCUUCACGUUGAGGAUCACCACCACAGACAAGGCAUCCGUAUCCUCUUCCGCCCUCUAGCAAGCUUCCCUAACUCGCGGUCUGUGAGUCCUGGCAGUGACAGUUGCCAGUGGCUCGCUCUCCGCGCCGAGGUUGCCUCACCAGAGCAGCCCGAGCACAAAGUGCUAGCUGUGACUCAGACCUCCAAGGAUAUCAAAUUCUCCGUCCGUAUACCCGGUGAGACUCAGGAUGCCUCUCCAAGACCUCCUCUAUGGUGUGAGCUAUACUAUGAUCCUGCCAGUGACAAGGUCAUCUUCUUGAAUAAGUCAGACGUGCCGAUUUCUCUGUCAAGUGUGUCGCCGACGCCGUUGUCGAGUCCUCCCGUCAGCGCUACUCACAUCAUCAACCCCGGAUCAGCCAAGGCUUUGAAGCCUGGAACAUGGCGCAUCACCGUUAGAGACAUUGAUGUUAUUGACUUUCGAGUACUCGAAAAGCGCCCAGUGACGCUAUAUCAACCGAAGCAACCUACAAUUCCCGAGGAUGUUCCACCAACCUCAACCACCGCCACUACCCCCCUUAACUCGAGUGGGAAGCGGGCACUGUCUCCGGAGUAUGACGAGAAGAGAGUGAAACGUCGUGUCUCAGACCCGGAUACACCCGGCGAUGAUGGUGUGGUUAUGUUCUUGCGACCUUCUGCAGAUCCCUUGGUUUUCUCUCUACCGAAUGGCCGUGAAAGCAAGGAGCUCUCCACUGUGAACGGACAUGCUUUGUUGGACGGCGAGAAAGGCGACACCGUUGCGAUUCCAGGUGUCUGUGAACUCGACGAAUACCAGCUUACCAAGCGGGAGCCCAUCGCAUCGACAUCGUUAUCUGCUGUGUACACCGCAACACACUCCCAUGUACCAGACAACAUUGUUACAGUCAAGGUGCUAAAGACACGCGUCGCCAACUCGAAUGACAAAUCACUACUACACGAGCGGACCGUUAUCCGCCAGGCCGACAUGUGGCUUCGUGAGUGCAGGAGUCAGGAAGACCUGCAGCACAAGUCUAUCGUUCGAUACUACGGCGGUGAUGCGCGCUUUCUGUCCCUUUACAUGGAGCACAUCGACGCCAAGGAUCUUACUGCAGCACCUCGUUGGAGGAACAAGUCCAACGACGAGUUUAUGGGUGACAGGAACGAUGCUAUCAGGAUUCUCGGAGAUAUCGCCGGCGCCCUCAACUACAUCCACGGCCGCAAGCUGGUACACAACGACAUCAAGCCAGCCAACAUCCUCUAUUCGCCAGAGAGGGGCGCUGUACUCUGCGACUUUGGACUCUCAACACUGGCCGCUAAUUCACCGACUACUGGCGGAACACCGUACUACAUUCCUCCCGAAUUCAUUGGGCGAAAGCAGCGCGGACCUGCGUCUGACAUCUGGGCACUUGGUGUCACCAUGCUCUACGUGUUGCGCAAAAUCUCCUUUCCCGACUCUCGUGCUCGUCAAAGACAUCCCCGGCCUCUGUACUGGUUAAUCGCUGGUGUGAACAGUCCCAACACCCCCCACAAGCAGCAUGGAAAUGGCCAGCCAGCCAUUAAACAGAUGCGAGACUGGCUCCAAGAGAUAUUCGAGGCUAGAGAGAAACUCAACUCCAAGGAUCGUCUCGAGCGUAUCGUUAUGGAGAUGUUAUACCCCAAUCCCAACCAACGUAUCACCAUGGCUAAGGUGUUGCAAGAGUUGGCUGCCGACCAAGUUGCUAUUGCUGCGGGAUGA